UUGCGCAAUGGAGCUACUUUCUUCAUCAAUUAGCAGCGAGACUUAAAGGAAGAGAGGUUGCCGGAGAAGAGCGAAGGAGUGGUAUGUCUCCAAUCCUCAUGUCUGAAGUCAAUCUUGUCUGAUCCUUUUGUUCCGUGAAGACCCCACGGAGCGGUAAACCCCUCUUUGAUCUUUACUAAAAACAAAGGUCCAGAUUAGCUUAAUUAGUGAAUUUGGGACUCGUAGAUAAAUUCAGGUGCGAAGCAGCUCGACUAAGAAGGAGAAAGAAAAGGAGCGAAGGUACUCUACGAAAAAAAUAUAGGAGAGGAGCGAAGCCACUCGACUGAGGUUAGGAAGGUUCAGAGCGGUUAGGAGUUGAAAGGAGUGCAAGUUGACGCUAAUUCAAUUAUAAAGAAGAAAUCUAUGAAUAAAGGCUCAAAGAAUUUGAGGGACGACUUCUCAGUCUUCUUCUUCUAUCUCGUUCUACAACUCAGUCGACUCAAUUUCAUCUUUCCUUUCCAGUCUAGGCUUUUUUUCUUAGAGCUGAGCAUAGUCAGAUUGAUAAUAGGAUUUCCUCAUCAUCAAAACCAUCUCACCUCUGAUUUGAGAAGAAAACUUCCAUGACGUAUAGGGCCUUAUACUAAGCAUGCCUAAGAAAUGGCGGAAUUUGAGGCUCAAAGAAUUUGAGAGAAGAAAGACAACUGAAUAUGAGCGAAAGCGGCUCGCCGACGAUAGGGGGAGAGGACCGACUGAAUUUUGAAUGCUUUGGGGGGAGUGACUGAGUCCUUGGGGGGAGCAAUCCCUCUUUUUUCUCUAUCUGAAGCUGGAGGGUAGUGAGACUUCUAAGGGUGUGGGAACUCAUUCCGCUUCUUUCUUCUGUUAACUCAUUCCCUGCGUGGAACAAUUACUUAAUCUUCUCAUUAAGACGGAAUGAAAACCAGAAGGAGUUCGCCUGAAUUAAGGCACAAACCAAUUCAUUCUUGCAAUGCAUGAACAUCGAAUGAAAGUGCGAACCCGUUGACUCCUUUCGAUUUCACGCUUUCCCACAGAAAAAUAUGGAUAGUCCUUCGGACCCGUCCGGACGCGUAGUUUUGAUAUUCUCUUUCUUCUCUUUCCUAAUGGAAGACAACUCCUUCUCCGCGUAGUGGGACCUUGUUCAUUGAUUCCAUUGACUUUGAUUCCGUUCGGAUUGCUCGCCUUCUACGGACUCUUCAAUACGUGAUUUUUCUUGCGGGUAUAAGUACCAACCAGAAAGAAGAAAGCCGUCCUCCGUCUCAUUGAUAAGGGACAUAUUCAUAUAUAUUCAACUCCGGACUGGUCAGAUUACGCUUUCGCUGCAGAAGUAGUAGAAAGUCAAGAUCAGCCUAUGAUUCCCGUCAGAUAGUCAUGUAAGAGCGAGAGCUGCUUUCUAGUUCAAGAGGAGGACGAUCAGAGUUGUCUUCCUUGUCGCCGUCAUCUCUCUUAUCUGAGUUCCUAUAUAUAUUCUACUCAAUUGUUGAGUGUUGAGGAAUGGGAUUUGCCUUUAUUCUUAAGGGGCGGGCGGAAGAGAAUGAUUACGAUCUCGACAAAGAGACAAAGCCAAGAGGGGAGAGCACUUAGACAAUUCACUUUGAGUACAGGGAAGUCCGCUGGUAGGAAUUCCUCAGGGCGUAUUACGGUUUUUCGCCUCGGGGGUGGAUCGAAGCGAUUGCAGCGAAGAAUUGAUCUGAAACGAAGCACUUCGUCUAUGGGCAUUGUGGAAAGAAUCGAAUAUGACCCUAAUCGUUCUUCUCGGAUCCAUCCAGUACGAUGGAUCGAGGGGGUCCGCCAGAGGAAAUGCAAGACUCAAGAGGAGUUCGCUCCUCAGCCUCAGAUCCUCGAACCUACCACGACCACCAUCCGCGGCCUAUUUUCGUUCUCUUCCCCGCCCGGGAAGGUGGAUCAAAGAAAGGUAGCUUCCUUCUCUCCUGGACGGAUGGCGGCUUAUGUAGUGGUCGGCCUUCCUACCACCAGGAUGCCUCCUUGGUCGAAGAGCCCCGAUACUAGUACUAGGAAGGGCGCAGGAAGCAAAAAAACUUGCGCGAAGGACCUUUUCUUCUCCGCCUUCUCCUCUCAAAAGACCAAGGGAGAGACAGCAUCCCUUUCCUUCGGUAGCUCUUUUGCUUUCCCAAGGGUAGCGGUAGCUGGGGCAAAGCCCGCUUUCUUCGCUCCGCGAAUGAGAGAGAAAGUCAGAGGAAAAAAGACGUUCUCUCUUUGCGAGGUCCGAAAGUGGAGAACGCAUAGCAUUCUCUGGGCACAUAGGAUGAAAGGUAAAGCUGCCCUUUCUUGGCGGAGUUUUAGGCGGCAAGAGACUUUAGGGCUUGUUGGAGGUGCUGAGCAUAAGGAAUCGAAAGCAGAGAGGGAUCAAGGUAGCUUACCUGCCAAGCCGAUAGGCGAAGGGCCGAAGGAUGGAGCGUGCAAAGUCAAUCGUGUACCUGUCGUGUGACCCGUUGGUCCUAAGCAAUGUCUUGCGCGAAGGGACCCACCUAGAAAAGCUCGCCUUUAUGUUAGGGGGGGCACUAAAAUGGAACUUCGAUCGGAUGCGGGUAUCCAAUCCCGCCGCUGAGAUGUCAAGCGGAUUCCUGGGCGUUGACGAAUGGCCGGCCACCUUUGACGUUAGAAGAGCAAAAGGCCCGGGGCAUAGCUGGAUGAACCAAUGUGAAUGAGUGUCAGCUUCGUGACCGAAGACGAUUGGUGCUGACCACACUAGGUGCUACCGUGGUAGCAAGAGAGGCCAGGCGGUGACAAUUGAGAGGUUCUCACUGAGCAUUCCUAGUCACACGGGAAGAGAGGUCAAAUGGCAAGGCCAUACGCCCGUUUGGCUCCUCGCGGAGUAUAGCUCACAUCCAAACAAAGAUCUGAUUGGGGAACGGGGCAAGGCCCAUGAAGCUCCGGCAGAAAGGGAAGGCCUGCCAGGCCGUAUGCCCAUGGGUGCAGGAUUCUUCGAAAAAGCGCGGGCUGACUCGGAGACCUGGGGACCUUGGCUUAGGAAGGAAUGAAGGGGAGCUCUUCUCGCUUUCUCCGCCAGUGGCUUAUGUAGUGGGAAGGCCGACGACUACACAGACUCUAUACCAAGUCAUGGAGCGAUAGCGAAGGAGCGAGACCCAUCAAAAAAGAAUAUGAUCUGACUUUCAGUAGGUUCGGAGGCAGAAAGGGAACAAGAGCGAGUGAACUUCUUUCAUGAGAUCUUCAUUCUCUCCCUUGUUCAUUGACUGCUCUUCUUCUUUGUUUAGAGGUGAUAAUAACUCAACUUAUCUCUUUCGGGGAAGGAGGCAUUCGAAAGCCCGACAAAGGCCUAUGAUAUGCCUCAAAAGAAAGUACGAAAAGAAGGAAUUAAACUACCACGGACCGGUGUAGAAGUCACUUAGCCGUCUACAAAGGGAAAGGGCGUCGGUACGGAGUCACGUCAACUGUGGAUAUAUACUAGUAGGUAGGCUAGUUGGAACUACGUCUGAAACUAUGGUAUGGACCGAGACUACACUAAGGAACAAGGAAGUCUCACAAAGAAGUCAAGGAACGAAGCUCUUUCUCUCUAGUUGGCAAGGCUUUUUUUUGUCUAUUUAGAGAGAGGGGGCUUGAAGUUCUUAGGAAGAGCCGUAGGAGGCAGCUCACGUACGGUUCGGGAGCCGAGCCCCAGCACAGGGACUGAGGUCAACA